CUGAAUCAUGAGACAGCAUAACCUGUGCAAGAAUAGGGUGUCGGGGUGUUGGAGAGUCCGCCAGGCAGAGGGAACAGCAACUGCAAAGCCCCUGGGCCGGGAAAGGACAAAGGGUGCCUGAGGAACAACGUGAGCAGCGCCAGCGUGGCUGGAGAGCCGGAGGGGGACACCAGACAGAGGCACACACCCGCGGCCCUGCUGGCCGUGCUGAGAACUCAAGCCUUAUCGUGCGGAGGAAAGCCCUGGAAGGUAUGAGCAGGGCGGUGACCUCACGUCCCGUCUGCAAGGCUCCCCGGGAAGCUACAUGCAGGGUGGAUCGCAGAGGAGCAAGAAUGCAAGCAGGAAGGCCUGUCCAGAGCAUCCAGGCGAGGGUUGUGAGGCCGAGGGAGGAAUCCCUCAUGGCCGCCAUCCGUGCGCAUCUUUAGGUUUGCCGGAAACAGGUCGGUAGGGAACGCGCCAGAGUGCUGAGGCAGCAGAGGACUCAUUCUCCCAGAGUAGCGUUAAGCGAGCGGGUUGCAAUGAUGACGCAACAUCUGCGAGCCUCGACCCAGGCGUCUGGGUCCACCGGCCGCCGGGGCGGAAGCAACCCCCUCGCGGGGGCGCCCGACCAGUCACAGCCAGCCGGACCAGCCCGCCGCCCCGCCGGAAGUGCCCUCUCGGCCAGCUGCGCCGCGCCGCGCCGCGGGAAGAUGGCGCAGGAGGCAGGAGACAUGGAAGAUGGGCAGCUUUCUGACUCGGAUUCCGACAUGACGGUGGCACCCAGCGACAGGCCGCUGCAGGUGCCGAAAGCACUAGGUGGGGACUGUGCAGUGAGGCCCUUCCAGAGUACUGCAACAGUGUGUGCUCCGGUAUCACAUUAUCGGACUGUUAAAAGUGUGGAUUCAAGUGAGGAGAGUUUUUCAGAUUCAGAUGAUGAUAGCUCUCUCUGGAAACGCAAACGACAAAAAUGUUUUAACACUCCUCCCAAACCAGAGCCUUUUCAGUUUGGCCAGAGCAGCCAGAAACCACCUAUUGCUGGAGGGAAGAAGGUUAACAACAUAUGGGGUGCUGUGCUGCAGGAACAGAGUCAAGAUGCGGUGGCCACUGAACUUGGUAUCUUGGGAAUGGAGGGCACUAUUGACAAAAGCAGGCAAUCCGAGACGUACAAUUAUUUGCUUGCUAAGAAACUUAAGAGGGAAUCCCAAGAGCAUACAAAAGAAUUAGACAAAGAGCUAGAUGAAUAUAUGCAUGGUGGCAAAAAAACGGGAUCAAAGGAGGAGGAAAACGGGCAAGGUCAUCUCAAAAGGAAACGACCUGUCAAAGACAGACUAGGAGACAGACUAGAAAUGAACUAUAAAGGCCGAUAUGAGAUCACAGAGGACGAUUCUCAAGAGAAAGUGGCUGAUGAAAUUUCUUUCAGGUUGCAGGAACCAAAGAAAGAUUUGAUAGCCCGAGUAGUGAAGAUAAUUGGGAACAAAAAGGCAAUUGAACUUCUGAUGGAAACUGCUGAAGUUGAACAAAAUGGUGGCCUUUUUAUAAUGAAUGGUAGUCGAAGAAGAACACCAGGUGGAGUUUUCCUGAAUCUCCUGAAGAACACUCCUAGUAUCAGUGAGGAACAAAUUAAGGACAUUUUUUACAUUGAAAAUCAAAAGGAAUAUGAAAAUAAAAAAGCUGCUAGGAAGAGAAGAACACAAGUGCUGGGAAAAAAGAUGAAACAAGCUAUCAAAAGCCUAAAUUUUCAAGAAGAUGAUGAUACAUCACGAGAGACUUUUGCAAGUGACACAAAUGAGGCCCUGGCCUCUCUUGAUGAAUCACAGGAAGGACACGGAGAGUCAAAGUUGGAUGCGGAGGAAGCCAUUGAGGUUGAUCACUCUCAUGAUUUGGACAUCUUUUAGGACAUUUUGAGAAAUAAGCCUUUCUAAGAUAACAUUGUAAUAAACCAUUUCUACUGCGAUUGCUUUAUUUUACUUUGCACUGAUAAACCCAAAAAUCUGGAGAGAACUGUUGUCUUGUUUUAAAUAAAAUUGAAUAUGUGGGAGAUGAAUGCAAUAAGAACAUUUAAAACUUUCUCAUGUCUGACAAACUACUUAAAAGUAUAUAGCAGAGGAUUUAAUUUCUCAAUCUGUUGCAUGUGCUAAUCAUUACUAGUUGAUAAUCAGUUUUGUCCGGGUCAUGUAACAUGCCAUUCAAAAGUUUGUUUUCUUUUUCUGAUUUAUCUUUGCAGUGAUUUAUGAUCGGUUUCAAACAUUCCAUUAAAAGAUCCUAAGACAUAAAUUGUUAAGCUAUUACAAAUGCAUUCAAAUUUAGUUUUUCUGUGUUCUAAGAACUCUUAAGCAGUUUUAAUAAUAGAGACUAAAAAUAGGUUUAUACCAGUGGCUCUUCCCACUUGUUUGUCCAGAAGUAAAUAAACAUCAGAAGCUUUUCAAAGAAGUAUCUGUUCUUAACUUUAACUUUGUUUUUGACCUCUUAUUAGUUACCUUGGUCAUAUAUUAAAUACUGAAUAUGAUCCAUACCUGCAUAAUUACCAUGACAUUUAAAAAAUUCCCAGUGACAGCCUGCCUAAGACUGUUUUACCUUAUGUUAAGGAAGUUAGGUAUUAAAAAUGUUUCAUCUGCAUGAUGUUUAAAAUUAUUCAUUUUUAUUUAAGGAAAUAAAGGUAGUUUACUUAAGAUGUUCCAGGAGUUGACUACAGUUUACAAAAUAGAUUAAGCAAAAAUAUGUAGGGAGCAAUUAUUAACAAUUCUUUGCAGCAGUGUACUUGAAGUCUUUCAGUAGUUUCUGAAAUACAUGAUCAUUGAAGUUGGAGCUAAGUAUCUAAGCAGGGAAAGAAAAGGAAAUGGUAAUUGGUUACAUUUUAUUCAUAAAGAAUGCAAAAAUAAAAUUGGAGUUCUGGCAGUCCUUAAUGAGUUUCAAGUGAUUUUAUUUUU